AUGGGGCGCUGCACGUAUAGAAACUGGCAAUUAUUCGAACUGUAUGGACUCUCUGCCAUUCCGCUGUUUAUUUUCGGCAGCCGCACUACUUGGUAUAAGCAGGCAAAAGUCCUUGGUGAGCUCAAAGAGGGACAAAAUAGACCCGAUAACUCAAGGGCUUCCGAAUUCAAAAGUUCGACACUCGCAGAAUGUAACAUGGUUGCUGUUGCUGCUGCCGUUAUUGCUCAAAUGGCCAUGACUGGACCGUCACUAGAGCUCUCAAAUCAGACAUAUUGUCUAACAAAGGCGUCUUUUGUCCUCAGCUUGAUAUUCGCCAUCCUGGCUGGGAAGAAAUACGUCGAUGGAUUAGGGGAGGUUCAAAGGAACCGGAUGCUGAAAGAUAGGGCUGGCCAAGCAUAUCAUCAGUCUUCACAGCCUCUGCCCCCAAAUGCUUCUUUCGAUCCCUUUGGAAUGUUAAUAUUGGAUUUGGGCUUACAUCUGGGCCAAUUUGGAACUACAGAACCUAACGGCGCAAAAUAUGCGAUUUUACUGUACACCAUUGGAUUGGUAUUAUUCGUUGGAGCAUAUAGCACAGCGCAAUCUCUUGAUAUCGAGGAAGUCCGCUCAGAGAUUGAAAUCAUCAAUGGGUACAUGGCCGAAUGGAAAGAAAAUCACACGAGUCAAGAUACAGGAGAUAGGCGUCGGCCUCAAACAGCGCAGAUCACGACGAGGACGGAUGAAAAUUCCGAGUCUGAUCCGCUACUGAAGCAAGCCGAAACUAGUGGAUAG